UUAGAGGUUUUUAGUUUGACGUUUUUACGCUCCGCUUAGCAGCUAAGCGGAGCGGGAACUCGAGUGCGCAUGCGCCCUCCGCCAAGGCCAUAAGCGGGUUACCGGGGCAGGGAAUACGGUCCGCUUACGAGCAGCCUAAGCGGAGCACAGUGCGUCGCUGCCGUUUUCGCAAGCGAAAGGGGGACAACGCGCGCGCCCUCACUCGUGCGUGCAGCGACUUCGCUCUAUUCAAGAUGGCUGCCUCCGGGGACUGCACGCUUUCCGCGAGCGCUGGGGCUUCGCCAUCACCUGCCCAGCGCAAGGCGCGAAAACGAUUUAGAAUCGACGAAGAUUUAUGCCUGUUGAAAGAAGUGGCGUGUGCGGACCCCUUCAGCAAUCCCACCGCGUGGGAGGACGUGCUGCGAAAUGUCAUGCUAGCAGUAAAUCGCGAGCUCACAAUUCGCAGCAUUAAAGAACGAGUGGACCUCCUCAUCGGCUAUUUCAGACAGCAGAAUACAGCGAACCUGAGAAAGUCCGGCACCGAAGAACAAUACGGAGAGCGGGAGCAGUUGCUCCAAGACAUAUCGGACCUCAUGAGGGAGGCCGAUUAUGCCCCACGGACCGCGCCGCGGAAGGUAAACGGCAUGGGGCCACCGAAAAAAAACGGCAUGGGGCCGCGACAGCCCGCUGAAUUGUUGACAUGGGCCAAGGCGCGCAGAGCCAAGGCUCUGCAAAUUAGGGAUUCAGCCAUGGCAUCUGUACCCGCAGUCCAGGCCACAGACGACGGACAGAAAAAUGGCAGGUAAUCUGGAGUGGACGCUAACAGCAACCAACAACCUCUGCUUGUACUGUGA